GCCAUUGUUCUGGGACUGUCCUCAAUCAAUCCACCGAAGAUUGUGGGAGUUUGCGGAUUAUUUUCUAUCAUUUUAAUUCAAGAAAAUGGCAGGACGAAGGGCCAUCAAGUCUAUUGACUGGAGUGCAAUUACUGCACGUCUUUCCGAAGCCGAUAAACCCAUUUUCACAGCCUUCAAAGCAAAAUCCGAUGGUUUCCUCCGACGAAUGGAAGAGUUCCCUGAGAGUGUCCCAGCAAUCGACUGGGCACACUACAAGAAAACUAUCACUGGUCCGAUGGUUGAUACCUUCCAGAGAGAAUAUGAGAACCUGAAGGUGCCCUACCCAGCUGACACCUACACCGCAAUCAUUGAUCAACAAGCACAAGUAGCUGAACAAAAAGUGAAGGACUUUAUACAAGAAGCUGAUAAGCAAAUCGCGGAGUACCAGUCUGAGAUUACUCGUGUCGAGGGCCUUAUUCCAUUUGAAAAAAUGACGAUGGAAGAUUUUGCUAUGACUUAUCCAGAUGAGGCCUGGAGUCCAGACAAACCAACACUCUGGCCACAUAUUAAAGAGUACCAGCCCGGUGAUGAGCCAGAGAAAAUACCUGAGCCAGAGGAGCAUUAAAUUAUCAUUGUACAUUGUAGUAAAGCGGAUUCCGAGGAAUAAUCGUGUAAAAUUAUGUCAUUCAGAACAAUGUAUAAUUCAGGCCAGUUUGUAACUGGUAAUUUUCCGAAUUCAUAUUGAAGAAUAAAGUCAUGGUAAUAUACUAGCAA